CGUGUCUCUCUUGUUCAGAUUCCAUCAUCACUAUUAUUGUUGUCUCAAGUCUACGGACAUGACAUCCAGAAUCAGCCCACCUACCUGUCUUUCAGUCGUCCGAUCUCAAUGUCUCGGCUUUCUGCAAGGCUGUGAGAUGACAACAGCGCACAAGUCCUAAUUCAACCUCCAACGCCUCUCUCAAGCCACCGCGGACUUGAUCACCCAGUCAUUGACCAUGGACCCCGACACCACGACCAUCUCCGAAGCUGACUUAACCCGCCUCUUACCUACCUGUCAACGAUGUCGUCGACUUCGUAGAAAAUGCGACACCAACCUGCCUGCCUGUCGACUGUGUGAAAAAGGAAAGGCAGAGUGUACUUUCUUUGAUCAUGCUCUGCAGCAGACUCUCCCUCGGAGCUACGUCCAUUCACUGCUCACUCGCCUUGGACGAUUACGUUCUGUCCAGGCCACUGUCAAUGGUUCAGCGGAACCCCUCGACCCUUUUCCCAUCCCCCAGCACCACCGCAAUAUCUCUACUACUUCGAGCCAGCUUCUCCAGCCCCCUCCCAACGAAUGGGGUACCUACACCUCCGACCUUUCCUUUGACAAACACUUCAUUGUCAAUCAUGCAAAUCCCACCUGUUGGCAGUUCCUGGGCAGUUCCUCUCCUUAUGCCCUUGCCGUUGAAGUCUUGGUUCACGCCCAGGCCAAGCUGGGCUCUAUGGUCCAGCACCCUGACUAUGCCGGUCCUGAAUUCUGGCUGAAUGCUCAGUCGACCGAACUCUUAGAAUCUACUCAACGGACAUCUCCCCCAUCUCGCACUGAAGUCGACAUGUUGGUCGACUAUUAUAUGUCCACCACAAAUGGACUUGUCGUUUGUUUUGACCGCCAGGACGUCUCCACCGACCUUGACCUCUACCUAAGCCACGCUGGAAUGGGUGUCAAAUACCUCACGGGCAAGGAAGCUCAUCAGUUUUUCCGUAUCUCCAUGAUCUGCGCCAUCGCCUCCGCCAACAAGUCUCGACAUCAAUCCCUGUACGAGGCUGAAGCUACCGCUUACUACACCGAAGCAGUUCAAUAUGUCGAAGAGGUCACUUCUGACAUUUCCGCCGACGCUCUUGAAGCAUUACUUCUGCUCAUUCUCUUUGCCCUCUUCUACCCUCGAAGAGGUGAUAUCUGGAAGCUGUUGGACUUUGCCUGCCGCCUGAGCGUAGAACUUGGCUACCACACAGAGCCUAAUGACGAGUACGAAGACGAAAAGGCAAGAAGGAGACGACGAUCAACCUUUUGGGGCCUCUAUUCAGUCGAGCGCACCGUCGGCCAACAUCUAGGCCGUCCUUCGGAUCUUACCGAAGAGAUCAUCACAGCAGAAUAUCCUGCCUCUCUAAACGAAUCAGCUCUCGCAGAUCCCGAUACUCUUCAGUUCAUCCUAACCUCCCACUCCUAUCGCCUUGCAUAUCUUCGCUCUGAGAUCUUUCGUGAGCUCUAUCUUCCAGCCAUUGCUCCUAAUCUGCCCCGCCUUUGGUACGAGCAAAGCCUAGAACAUAUUCUCGCUUGGCGCAGAGAACUACAGUUCCUCGACACCGGCCUGGGCAUGGGUAGCAUGACUUGCGACAUUAGCUUUGAUUCAUCGAUUUGUUUUCUCUUCCAACCUUUGCUAUUACGUGCUUUGGCAGCCACAAAGGACCCUGUUCUUCCUCCCGAUUCUCAUGAUGUUAUACCCCUCGAAAGCUAUCGCUCCGCCGUCAAUGUGGUGGAAUUUUAUAAAAAGGUUUUCCGGGGCACCGAAGGCACUACGUGGGGUAUGUAUCCGGUCACGCUGAUCUCGGCCCACUAUAUUUUUUCCGCGUCGAUGGCCAUCAUGGCACACUGCCUCCUUGCCAUCGAUGCUCGCCUGCCGGUGGUCAGCUUCUCGCGGGAGCUAAGUGCAGACUCUCACGAUGGUUCGGUAGAUUUCUCAGGGAUCCACGAUGUUUCAGGCACCUGCCUCAUUCUUCUUAACACGCUGGCAAAGAAGUGGCCCGGCAUGGUUGGCACUUUGGACAUUUACAAAAACUUACAGGACAAGGUUCUGCCGAUUAUGAUGAGGACCGGGAUCGCCUAGCCACCCUCUUCUUCUUGGUUGACCACUAAGGAAUUUCUGGAACGAGGCCCUAGACUGAAUAGUUCGGAACUUACCAGAAUGACCACCAGUGGGCACACUGGCUCCCGAUAGGUUAUCCCCUUUGUGGCGCACGCUGUUGAAUGUACUUUUGUGCCCAUCUGCUAUGACCCGCUGGAACAAUGUUCAUCGCGGUUGUAUAACCACUGUUUCGCCAAACAAAGCACCUUCGGGAGGUCAAACCCCACGGACAACUUGGGAUUAGCAAGGGACCGACGAGGAAACGACAAACGAACCGGCGUGAUGUUGUCUUCUUUUUUCUGGCUCGCAAACAAAGAUCAGAAUCAUCGGAUUCUUGACUCAGAACUGAGUUUGGCGUCUUUCCGCUUUUUAUAUAUCCCGCCGCAUCGAGACUUCAUCAUUCCAACGCAAGUUUCCUCCUCCACAAUCUCGUUCAGCACAUACCGACCACAUUUUCGACCGCCCCUUCUCCAUCCUUCAUUUAAAUCAUUGCUUGCGCGACCUCCUAGGAUUUUAACCUGUUCUCACAGAGAAGCGUGCGUGGCUCGUUUUCGAAAGACUUCGCGAGCAUCGCAUAUCCAGCGACUUUGACCAUGAGUCCAGUCCUUCGUCGCUCGGAAAGGAUUCAAAGAAGGUGGGCCCUUCGAAUGGGCCCACUCAAAAUCAGGCUCAUUGUGCGCCGUCCUGACCGCGAUACCAGAAGUGGGAUCAGGUGGAGGUUUAUCCUCAGGAACAAGAAGCUUGUCAAGAUCGAGGUCAUCAGCUGAACCUCUGGAGGAUAUGGUGAUUCGCCCACUAACAGGGUCUAAUUCGCGAGUGAAAGCUGUACAAAUACCUUGGAAUUGUCCAUGUUGAUUGUGCGAACACCAGGUGAAAUGCACUUCGGAAAUGAUUCAUGUCAGAGACGCUGGGUUGGAAAGAAGCAUUUGAUCUGUUGCUGAUUUGACACUCCGGGUCAUGCAACUGGACAUUCGAUGUUGCUGAAUUGACACUCCGGUCAUGCAACUAGGCAGUCGACAAGGAACAAUUUGAGAUCCCAGUGAGAAUGACUACGGAUGUGGACGACGACUGACAUUAACGGCGGCUAUAAACAUACUGUAUAGCUUAUCUGUGCUGCGGCGCAUUGCCUGUGCCCCAAGAGAGGUCAGGACAUGAGAAAUAAAGCAUAAAACAUAUUACAUAUAGUACAACGACGGCGAUACGAAUGGCCUUGUCCC